GUCUUGGGUUUCUUGAUCGACGUCUUGAGGUGGGUCGAACUAGACGACCUUGAGAAUGGCGGGAGACACUUCAAGGGAAAAACUCAAGAAAUUGAGUUAGAUUCGAUGGGGGAUUUCAAUCAAUUUCGAUUCUUGAAGCAGGAAAUGAAGAGGGGUUCUAGAAAUUACAGUUGGGUUCGUCGGGGUUGUAUUCUUUAUCAGAAUCUUCUUUUCUGGGGUCGAUUGAGAUGGAUAAAGCACUUCUACCGUUAUUUGCUUCAAAAAGGAUAAGAAGAAGCGUUCUGAUAUUCAAUCUUCCAGAGCAAGAUUCCCAACACUUGAAGAAAUCGCAACCUCCAGAGAGGAUACGCAGAGCAGCAACGAUGUUGCCACCAUCCUUGACUGUAAGUGACUGCCGGCGAGAAUUGGAGGGUGGCCAUGGCGAUUCAACAUCCUACCAGUUCUGCAAUGGCGUUUUUGAACAGUUCUGUAAGGUCUAACAACAUAGCUGUUUGGCAGUAGUGAAGGUAAUAUAAUUACAAAAAACUGGUUUGCAGCCGGUGAUGCUAAUUUUUAGGUAAGGUCUUUAUUUCAUUAUCAUGUUCAUAAUGUUCAUUCUAUAUUGUUCAUUAUCCGAGCUAGAAUUCCUACCAAAGACCUAAAAGAGGAGUUUAUGCUUUUUCUACUUUGGGCUUUGUGAAUUAACUUUAGAAGAAUCA